GCACAGCAUUCCCGCGUGGCGCAGGGCGAUUCCCAGGGCCCGCCCGCUCGGCGCGCCUGCCUCAGAUCGGCUGCCGCGUCCAGCCACCCACUCUCCCCUUCCAGAUCUUUUCCUCCUCCCACUCCAGAGUCAAGGCUUCUCCCACUCCCAUCUGGCCAUCUCACUCCACUCCCCCCACACCGCGCGAGAUCGAGAGCGCAAGGGAGGAAACGCCCGCGACUAUGGCCAGGCCCAAGCCCUCCUUCUCCGGCAGCGGCGGCGCCAAGGCCAAGGCCACGGCGGCUGCGGCGGCCACGGUGCACUCGCCAGUGGUCACCUACACCUCCAUGGUCUCCCUCCUCUCCCUCUGCCCGCCCUUCGUCAUCCUCCUGUGGUACACGAUGGUACACGCGGACGGAUCGGUGGUGCGGACCUAUGAAUACCUCAAGGAGCACGGCCUGCAGGGGCUCAAGGCCAUCUGGCCCAUGCCCACUAUGGUCGCCUGGAAGAUCAUCUUCGGCUUCGGACUCUUCGAGGCCGUCCUGCAGCUGCUGCUCCCCGGGAAGCGGUUCGAGGGGCCCGUCUCACCUGCUGGGAACGUGCCGGUCUACAAGGCAAAUGGCUUACAAGCAUAUGCCGUGACCUUGAUAACUUACCUGAGCCUGUGGUGGUUUGGAAUAUUUAACCCUGCAAUAGUAUAUGACCACUUGGGGGAGAUAUACUCUGCUCUUGUCUUUGGAAGCUUUGUGUUCUGUAUUUUUAUGUACAUAAAGGGUCAUGUAGCACCAUCCUCAUCCGACUCUGGAUCCUCAGGGAAUGUGAUUAUUGACUUCUACUGGGGAAUGGAAUUAUACCCUCGGAUUGGUAAACACUUUGAUAUCAAAGUCUUCACAAACUGUCGUUUUGGGAUGAUGUCUUGGGCUGUUCUUGCUGUAACCUACUGCAUUAAGCAGUAUGAAAUGAAUGGCAGAGUCGCAGAUUCUAUGCUUGUGAAUACUGCACUGAUGUUGAUCUAUAUCACUAAGUUCUUUUGGUGGGAAUCCGGAUAUUGGUGUACUAUGGACAUUGCCCAUGAUAGAGCUGGUUUUUAUAUAUGCUGGGGAUGCUUGGUGUGGGUUCCAUCCAUAUACACCUCCCCUGGAAUGUACCUUGUAAACCACCCCGUGACUUUGGGCCCCCAGCUAGCACUCUCAAUUCUUGUUGCUGGAAUCUUGUGCAUAUACAUAAACUAUGACUGUGACCAUCAGCGCCAAGAAUUCCGUCGGACGAAUGGGAAAUGCUCAAUCUGGGGCAAGGCUCCAUCUAAGAUUGUUGCUUCCUAUCAGACUACAAAUGGAGAAACAAAAAGCAGUCUUCUCUUGACUUCUGGAUGGUGGGGCUUGUCACGUCACUUUCACUAUGUCCCAGAGAUACUAUCUGCAUUUUUCUGGACUGUCCCAGCUCUUUUCAAUCAUUUCCUGCCAUACUUCUACGUGAUCUUUCUGACUAUAUUAUUGUUUGACCGAGCAAAGAGGGAUGAUGAUCGAUGCUCAUCAAAGUAUGGAAAGUACUGGAAGAUGUACUGCAACAAAGUACCAUACAGGGUCAUUCCUGGCAUUUACUGAGCGUCAUGGAUACGGGACAACCUCCUGAGAUAGAACUCAGUAGUCUUUGCACUGAUCUGCUUCUGCUUGUAUAAUAUCAAUGCCAUAAGCAUCGUGACAUGGUUUUAGGUGUAGACAGCUUGGGAUCUAGCAUGAAGGUGACGUGUCGAAAGACUGGGACAGCUGCGCCUUUGUUUGUUUUGUUUCGCCAUUUCCUUGUAGGAGUGGAAUUAGAGUGGAGGACAGUCUGCCUUCUCAAUGGUGCUCACAGUCUGCCUUCUCAAUGGUGCUCUGGACUAGUUUUUACUGAAAGUCACCAAGGCAGCACUACAAUGAGGUGGUGUGGUGAUAUUCUGUAGCGGUUGAAUAAUAAUGGUGUGGCUGUAUUAGUUCGACGUACUGCCCCGAUCGCUCAAACUCCAUUUCCUUUAAUUGUAGCCUGAUAUUGUGCAUGGUAACCUUUUCUGAAGGGUUUGUAAUAUCCCGCGCACCAUAGCCCUUUGUUGGUUCAUUUGGAACCAGUUGCA